AUGGAUCCUCCAUCACCCUCUUCAUCCGAUGAUUCAAUCGAUCUCGACGACGCUAUUCUUAGUACCGUUGCUUUGACGGUUACUACUAUGAUUCAAGCCGCGAAAGACGAGAAAGAUCAACUUUCGCCUAGAAGAAGAACGGUUCUGGAACGUCGACGUGAAGAGGCAUACGCGCGAUUGGUCCGCCUUUACUUUGCCAAGCGCCCCGUAUUUGGCGCGAGAGAUUUUAGACGGCGCUAUCGUAUGAGCAAGCGGCUAUUUUUGAGAAUUACAAAUGAUUUGGAAGAAAGGUAUCCAUAUUUUCAACAAAGAAUGGAUGCUCGUGGGAAGCUAGGUUUCAUGCCGAUACACAAGACUACCUUCACGCUUCGUCAAUUAGCAUAUGGGUGUAGCGUCGACUUGUUUGACGAGCAUUUGGAGAUGUCGGCUAGGACUUCCCGGGAGUCGUUAAUUUAUUUUUGUAAAGGUAUAAAUGAAUUGUAUGGACCGACAUACCUACGGAGACCUACAUCUAUGGAUCUUGAGCGAAUAUACGAUGUGCAUGAGCAGCUUCAUGGUUUCCCUGAUAUGAUCGGUAGUAUUGAUUGCAUGCACUGGCCAUGGGAGAUGUGUCCAACCGCAUGGCGCGGUUCGCACACCAGAGGGGAUGUUGGUAGACCAUCAUUGAUGCUUCAGGCGGUUGCGUCUACUGACUUAUGGAUUUGGAAUGCAUAUUUUGGUCAGCAGGGGUCCAACAAUGACAUCAACGUGUUUGAGGCGUCCCCAGUCUUGGAAGAAAUUAUAUCUGGCUUGACACCUACACGUUAA